CUGACAUUUGCGUCAUGUGGUGCGCGCAUGCGCGCGUCACCCGGCAGUGAAAGACGCUUUUUCACACAGAGGUGAACAACAGCUAAACAGACACCGAGCGUCCCGAUAACAGAGAUCAGAAAUGGGCAAAGGCGGCGGAACUUUUGACAGACUGUUAGAUAAGGCUACCAGUCAGCUGCUGCUGGAGACCGACUGGGAGUCCAUUCUGCAGAUAUGUGACCUCAUUCGGCAAGGCGAUACACCGGCAAAAUAUGCAGUUGGUGCCAUCAAGAAAAAACUCAAUGAUAAAAAUCCCCAUGUCGCGCUCUAUGCUCUUGAGGUCCUGGAGUCCAUUGUGAAGAACUGUGGCCAGACGGUUCAUGAUGAAGUGGCCAGUAAACAGACAAUGGAAGAGCUAAAGGAGCUGUUCAAGAAACAACCCGAACCGAACGUGAAGAAUAAGAUCCUUUAUCUGAUCCAGGCCUGGGCCCACGCCUUCCGCAACGAGCCCAAGUACAAAGUCAUCCAGGACACCUAUCAGAUCAUGAAGGUGGAAGGUCAUGUCUUCCCAGAAUUCAAGGAGAGUGAUGCCAUGUUUGCAGCAGAAAGGGCUCCUGAUUGGGUGGAUGCAGAGGAGUGUCACAGAUGUAGGGUUCAGUUUGGUGUUGUGACCCGAAAGCACCACUGCAGGGCAUGUGGGCAGAUUUUCUGUGGGAAGUGCUCUUCUAAGUACUCUACCAUUCCCAAAUUUGGCAUUGAGAAGGAGGUGCGUGUGUGUGAGCCCUGCUUCGAGCUUCUCAACAAGAAAGCCGAAGGGAAGGCCACCAGCACUGGGCAGUCCGAGCUUCCCCCUGAGUACCUGACCAGCCCUCUGUCCCAGCAGUCUCAGGUAGUGCCCAGCGAAUCAAUGCCUCCUAAGAGAGAUGAGGCUGCGCUGCAGGAGGAAGAGGAGCUGCAGCUGGCCAUCGCACUGUCUCAGAGUGAGGCCGAGGAGAAGGAGAGGAAGAGACAUAAGAACAUUUACUCUGCGUACCCCAAAGCCGAUCCCACCCCUGUGACUUCCUCUGCCCCCCCUGCCAGCACUCUCUACUCCUCUCCCGUGAACUCAUCAGCUCCAUCGGCUGAAGACGUGGAUCCAGAGCUGGCCCGUUACCUAAACAGAACUUACUGGGAGAAGAAACAGGAAGAGGUUCGCAAGAGUCCCACCCCCUCUGCUCCUGCCCCUGCCCCUGCUCCUGCUCCAGUUUCACUGGCUGAGCCCGUACCAAUCAGCCAACCAGUGGAAAGCCACGCUCCGGUCCAACCCAUCAACAUAGUGGAGCAGCAGUAUCAGAAUGGAGAAUCUGAGGAGAACCACGAGCAGUUCCUGAAGCCCUUGCAGAACGCCGUCACCACCUUCCUUAACCGCAUGAAGAGCAACCACUUGCGCGGCCGCAGCAUCACCAACGACAGCUCUGUGCUCUCUCUCUUCCAGACCAUCAACAACAUGCACCCGCAGCUGCUGGAAAUACUCAACCAGCUGGAUGAAAAGAGAUUGUACUAUGAGGGUCUUCAGGACAAACUGGCGCAGGUGCGUGACGCGCGGGCGGCACUGAACGCUCUAAGAGAGGAGCACAGGGAGAAACUGAGACGGACUGCUGAGGAGGCAGAGAGACAGAGACAAAUCCAGCUCGCCCAGAAACUGGAGAUCAUGAGGCAGAAGAAACAGGAGUACCUGGAGAUGCAAAGACACCUCGCAAUCCAGCGUCUGCAGGAGCAGGAGAAGGAGAGACAGAUGCGUCUGGAGCAUCAGAAACACACCGUUCAGAUGAGAGCACAGAUGCCUGCGUUCUCUCUGCCUUACGCACAGAUGCAGUCACUGCCUCCUAAUGUGGCAGUGGGGGUGGUGUAUCCCCCCGCUGGCCCUCCCAGCUAUCCUGGCACGUUCAGUCCUGCUGGCUCAGUGGAAGGGUCGCCCAUGCAUGGAGUCUACAUGAACCAGCAUGGACAGACAGCUGCGGGUGGCCCGUACCAGGCCAUGCCUGUGUCAGCUACAGAUCCCAACAUGGUGAACGCUUACAUGUAUCAGACUGCAGGUACCAGUGGGCAGCCAGCCGCCCCUCCCACAACCACCCCUGCCUACACUAACUACCAGCCCACACCUACACAGGGCUACCAGAACAUGGUCUCUCAAGCUCAGAGUUUGCCAACUAUGUCCCAGGCUGCCCCCACCAAUGGUAUUGCCUACAUGGGCUACCAGCCAUACAGCAUGCAGAAUAUGAUGACCGCUCUUCCAGGACAAGACCCCAACAUGCCUCCCCAGCAGCCCUACAUGCCUGGGCAGCAGCCCAUGUACCAGCAGAUGGGUCCCCCCGGCGGUCAUCAGCAGCAGUCUCAACAGCAGCCGGCGCAGGCUCCUCCGGGCAGUGCAGAGGCUCAGCUCAUUUCAUUUGACUGAUCCUAGCUCAUCAUAUGCCUGCACCCACCAGGUCCAGCACACUACAUUCACCCCUGCUGUUUCUGGGUUUAUCCCUUGCACCUGCUCUCGCUUCACGAUGCUCUACAGAUACUGAAGGUGUACAAAUAUUGUAAAAGCAUUUGACUGUCUGAGCUACCCCCCCCCCCUGCUCUGUCUCUUUCAAUGAAGGAGGAGAGGCUACAGAUGGAGCUGGUGGGAAACCUUGUCUCUUAACUGGAUGAAUCUCACAAAACUCAAUGUCUAGAUCAUAUUUUACCCCAAAAUAAAAAGAAACCAUUUUUUUUUUGCCACUAAAAAAAUAAAUCUAUUUUAGACCAUUACAUUUUUUGUAUCUUGGCAUCAGUUAUGACAGUUAAAUGUUUCCUGUGUCCAUUCUCAUUAUUGUAAAGCGGAAUAUGGUAUUUAAUUUAAACUGUAAAGUAGUUACAUGGUAAUACUUGUUGUGUUCCCUUUAUCCUGAUAUCGUGAUUUAAAAAUGACUGUUUAUUAAUAAACAGAUACACCAUUGACAGUUA